AUGCCCUCAAGCAAGCAUUCCUCAAAACCUCCCUCAAAGUUCCUCCUUCUCCUCUAUCACCUCAAUCUUCUCUCCGGGCUUUACACAAACCCAAAUCUUCCCAUUCCAAACCCCUUCCUCUGGAUAAAGACAAAUCCUUCUAACCUCCUCAUCAACAACCACCUUCCCAUCCUCUCCAAUCUUGAACCCCCUCGCAUCCAACUGCUCCGGCGCAACACCCUUCUCGACCCACGCCCUCAACUUCUCCAACGCACUCCAGGGAAACGGCGCUCCAUACAUCGAAACGCAGUGAUUCACCCCAGGAACCUCAAAAUACCUCCAAAACUCCUCAAUCUCAACUCCGCGCUUCGCCUCGAUCCCCUUGGCCUUCUCAUACAGUCCCCUUCCGACCUUGAUAGAGAUAGCCUGGUCCGCCAUACCGUGCCACAUGAGAACCUUCCCCCCGCGCUCCCUGAAUCUUCUCAUAUCCGGGAUGGGCGUCCCGAUGACGGAAUCGUACUCCUCAACUCCCCGCCGGAAGACGUCCCGGAAAGUCUCCCUCGACAUCGACGCCGGAUCAAAUGCCGGAUCCUUCUCGAUGAACAGCCGGAUCCAUUCAUCCGUCACGGAGAACGGCACACCUACACACCUUGUUCGAUCCGUCUCGUGCUCACAGACACUAUUCAUCAUGGCAAGCAACCCAGCAAACUGCGUCCCAGGAACAUGGCUCGGAAACAUCUCCCUCCCCUCCUCAUCCAGCACACCCCCCACAACCUCCUCAACAACCUCAACCGCCCCCCUCGAAACCCUCCCCUCAAUCUUCUUCCCAUCCUUCCCAUCACAACUAAACUCCCUCCCCUCCGCCGUCCUCACAUCAAACCCACACUCCCCCAAGCGUCCGAUAACCCCAUCCCUCCUCCCAUCACCCAAAUCACACGCUUCAACCCCAGCCUUCACAACCGCCCCCAACUCACACCCAGAAGGCCAAUACCCCCUCCACCGCAUAACCAACUGCGGAAAAUACAACGACGUCACCAUGGCAGGGAACUCCACGGCCGGACACAUACUCAACACCCCGUCAAAGUCCCCCGGAUACCGCUGCGCAACAGCCAGCCCCUGCCUCCCGCCCGUCGAACACCCCUUGAAGUAGCUAUACCUCUCCUCAGCAUCAUAAUACGCCCCCAGAACGGCCUUCCCCACGACAGCGAGCUCGUGCAGACUCCUGUAUCCAAAGUUGACCAGCAGCGGCCAAUCAAUGUUCCCCGGGCUUCGUAA